ACUCAUUCAGUCGCCCAGUCAGUCGGGCUGGCCUGCAGCCCCCUGCGCUCGCCCUCCCAAUGACAAACCCCAGUGUCGGGAAGCACAAGCUCCUACGGGUUGCACUACCCAGUCUGACCUUCUCUCCUCUUACCUUUCUCACGUCCUACCCUGAGGAGACAGGCACGAGUUAGGACUCCGCCCAAAGGGGUCCUUCAGGACAGGGGCAGCCAUGUCACAGUUCUCCACCAUGACGACCAGGGAGAGGCAAAUGCAGGCGGCCGCAAUCUGCAGGGAGGUUCAAGCCCAGGAAGACGUAGAGAUGGAUCUUGGCAAGAAAAUUAACGUGCCAAAGGACAUCAUGCUGGAGGAGCUGUCUCUCGCCUCAAACCGGGGCUCCCGUCUCUUCAAAAUGCGCCAGAGACGCUCAGAAAAAUACACUUUUGAGAGCAUCCAUAAUGAGAACAACAAACAGCUCAAUAGUCUGAUAGUUAUUCAACCCGAGAACUUGAGUGCCACGGACAACCACAGCGGCCAGAACAACAUGGAUGUUGACCAACCUCCUGCUGUGCCAUCUGACACACCAGAUACGAGCAUGGAGCCGAAUCCAGACAGCAUCGCCCCGGGGUACGGAGGUCCUCUGAAAGACAUCCCUCCGGAGAAGUUCAACAGUACAGCUGUACCAAAGUCCUACCACUCACCCUGGGAGCAGGCCAUCGUCAGUGACCCGGCCCUGGCUGACACGCUCAUCCCCAAUAUGGCGGAGCCGGAACCCAGAGCAGACCUACCCGGAUACAAAAGUUUCAACAGGGUGGCGACCCCCUUCGGCGGGUUCGGCAAAGCACCUAGACCGGCUCCCACCAAGUCCCUCCUGCAAGAACCCCUCCCGAACUACCCCGAGCUCCAGGGGGACACGGCGGUCGAUCGACCCUCCUUCAACAGAUCUGCUCUGGGUUGGGUGUCGAACGGCGGUCCGAUCCCGCUCACCGUCGUUUCCCUUGAUCCUAUUCUCGUCCCUGAGUCAGACGACCUUUGAACCACUAAUGAGGUCACACAGAGUUGCUGUCUACGUAGUUGCUGCACCAGAGGUGAGGGUGGGCGGGGUACCGCCACGGCGAGGACAGUCAGAGAGAAAGAAAGCUUCAGGUUACCAUGAAUGCAGCAUCCCUCUGUUUUCCAGGGAUGUUAACUAUUGCACUGCUUCUGAAAAUGAAUUAAUCAUCCUGUACAUAAUGCAGAGACAUUACUGGGAUAAAUGGAAUUUAUUGUAAAUUAAUGUGCACGAGAUCAUUUUUAUCUUGCAAGUUUUUGCUCAAUAAAAAUGGUGUAGAAAGCAAAAA